AUGGGGAUAGUGAAGGCUUCUGGGCAGGGACCAGGUCCUCCCCCUGCGCCUCUGCCCCCACCUCCUCGUUCCGCCCGGCAUCUCCGUCUCUGGAGCAUCCUGCUGUCCCUCCCCAGCGCUUCACUGAGGAAACCUCUCACUUCUCACGCAGACCUCUUCCAGGACUUGAGCCAGUUCCAGGAGACUUGGCUGACAGAAGCUCAGGUUCCAGACAGUGAUGAGCAAUUUGUGCCUGACUUUCAUUCAGAAAACUUAGCUUUUCAUAGUUCUCCUGCUAAGAUCAAAAAGGAGCCGCAAAGUCCCUCCUCGGACCCCACAGUGUCCUGCAGCCACCAGCAGCCAUUCCAGUACCACAAUGGCGAGCAGUGCCUUUAUUCCAGUGCCUAUGAUCAACCCACACAAGUUGGAAUCAAGUCCCCCAGCCCAAGAACCCCAAUACAGUUACCACUCCAACAGUUCCCUAGAGAGGACCGGAGCUUCCUGACCCCUGCGGGGCCGCCCCACCCCACAUCCAGCUGUGGAUACCUCAACGAAAACAGCUCUGCGUAUCAGCCACCUGUGGAGAUGUGCCAUUCCUUCCCCUCCUCCCAGGGCAUGGCCCAGGAAGAUCCCGUUGCCUACCAGCGCCAGAUGUCUGAGCCCUGCCUUCAGUACCCUCAUCAGGGCUUCAAACAGGAGUACCAUGACCCACGGUAUGAGCAAGCAAGCCAGGCAGGCAGCAGCCAUCAGUACCCAGGAAUGGUGAUCAAGCAGGAGCAGGUGGACUACAUGUAUGACUCAGAUUUUCCUGGCUGUCCUUCCAUGUACAUAAAUGUUGAGAGUUAUCCAAGAGUUUCCAAUGCAGAAGAUGCAUUAGGCUGCAGCUAUGACAAGCAGAGGAGGCCCUUUACUGAUGAUGUCUGUGUUGUUCCAGAAAAAUUUGAAGGAGACAUCAAGCAGGAAGCCGGAUGGUAUCGGGAAGGACCUCCAUACCAAAGACGGGGAUCUCUCCAACUCUGGCAAUUUCUUGUGGCUUUACUGGAUGAUCCAACCAAUUCCCACUUCAUUGCUUGGACUGGUCGAGGGAUGGAGUUCAAGCUCAUUGAGCCAGAGGAGGUAGCCAGGCUGUGGGGUAUCCAAAAGAACCGUCCAGCCAUGAACUACGACAAACUGAGCCGAUCCCUUCGUUACUACUAUGAGAAAGGCAUCAUGCAGAAGGUGGCUGGAGAGCGCUAUGUGUACAAGUUUGUGUGUGAGCCUGAAGCCUUGUUCUCUCUGGCCUUCCCUGAUAACCAGCGGCCAACUCUGAAGGCAGAGUUCGACCGACAGAUCAGUCAGGAAGACACAGUGCCUCUUUCUCAUCUGGAUGAGAAUGCCACUUAUCUGCCAGAUCUUGGGAGCCUCCCUCCAGAGCUUUACAGCAAAGGCUAUACAUACUAG